GAGACCCAAUCCCCUCUCUUCAUUUCAGCCUUAGUCAUUAUUUACACGACGUAAAGGUCAUAGUCGUUCACCGUCAAUUGCUUCGGAUUCGUCGCAAAAGGGUAGCUGUCAUCUGCGACCUUAAAAACAAAUGAUGAGCCAAAGUCGAUGAAGGUCGGAAGCAGGGAUGAUGAUGAUGAUGGUAAAAUUAGGGAUUUGCAAUUGAGUUUUUCGUUUUCACCUCUCGAAUUGGGAGAGAAAAGAAAUCUUCUUUUCGGGCAAAAGGAUUUUGUUGUUCCAAAUGAGCUCAACUCACGAAAUUGCAUCCUUGAAAUGCUCUGUGGACUCCUUCGCUAGUCAAUUUGGCUUUGGAAGUUUUCAUAAAUUGCGCGAGAUCUCCAUCUGCUAUCUUUUCUUGUCUUAAUUUCAUAGCAAGGAGUAUGGUUUACUUUAUGUGAUCAGGUUUGUCAGCAGAGGAGAUUUUGUUAUGCCAAUGUGGAUUUUGAUGAUCGAGUUUUGGAAGUCCUGCCAAGGAAAUCUGAGGGUGUCCUUGCCUUCCUGUGUGGAGAACCUCAUUGUGUGCUGGGAAUCGAGAAGCAGGGAUAAGUAGGGAGAAGAGAAACCAAAAUAUGCAAACAGCUUGUCAUCUCGGUCCGAUUUUUCAUUUCUCCAAUCGGUAUGCUUCAGCUUCACAAUGAGGUUUUGGCUCCUUAUAUUGUUAGAGUUGAAUUAUUUUUUGGCUCUGUAUAGUGGGUUGAAAUGUGGAGAUUUUGGAGUGGUUGGUUUGCAGAAGGGUUGUUGUAAAGCAAAAAUGGGUGGAUAAAGGUUGGCAUCUUGAAAUGUAGCAAUCUGCGGUUUACUGGAAGCACCCAACUCUACAAAUUCCCAUCACAAACCAGAUUUGAUGCAGUAUCCGAAGCAAAUGAUGGGCUUCUUCUCUCUGUCUCUAUGGUGGAAGAAGGUGAAAACACAAAGCACGCCCCAACUAAGGAAGAAGUACUGCCUCCAUUCUACAAAUGGUCCCCACCUGGAUAUCUUUGGAGAGGAUUAUCAGUUUUUGUCUUGGCAGGCCAGGUGAUCUCAAGGAGUGUGAAGGGGAAAGUUCACUGGAGGAAUACCUAGCAAUAACUGGAAAGAGUUGGACCAAAGUCAGUAGGGGUCUGUCUCUUGACUGCUGCUUUUGUUGGCAUGGCUUUCACCAUUCAAUUCGUUCGAGAGUUCACAAGAUUGGGCUUAAAUAGAGCUGUCGGCGGUGUCUUGGCUCUAGCAUUCCCGGGAGCUAAGCCCUGUGGUCACGUCAAUCGUGGUUGCUGGAUGAAUGGGUAGUGCAUUUGCUGCAGAGUUGGAGACGAUACAGGUUUCUGAGAAAACCGACACUCUGAGGGUGCUUGGAGUGAACCCAGUUGAUUAUUUAGUAACCCCUCGAGUAAUUGCUUCGUGUAUUACUACCAUUUCUGACUCUGAUGUGUUUCACCGUGGGGAUGGCAUCCAGUGCCUUGUUAGCUGAUGUUGUUUAUGGGGUCAGCAUUAACAUUAUAAUGGAUUCAGCUCAUAGAGCACUUAGAUCGUGGGACUUAAUAAGUACAAUGAUCAAGUCCAUGUGUUUUGGUGGUAUCAUUUCUACUGUGAGCUGUGCAUGGGGAAUAAACUACGAUUGGAGGUGCCAAAGGUGUGGGAGAGUCGACAACUUCAGCUGUCGUCAUCUCUCUCGUGGGUAUCUUUGUUGCUGGUUUUCUGCUCUCUUCAUGUUUCUUCCAAGGAGCUGGAGAUUCUCUAAAGAGGUUAUAGUUCUCUAUCUAUUCUUUGUGAUUGUAGGGAAGAACUUACUGGUUUUUACCUUUUAGUGUACCCAAAUAGUCAAAAUGCUAGAAGCAGCCUCUUCCCAGUCUUCUGUAUGGAAAGUUCUUAAUUAUUAGAUGCACAAUUAGCUUUGUCAAUUCAUAGUGAAUGUUCAUGGCUGGUUAUUUAAUCAUCUUUUAAACUUGCCAGCUGUUUAUCAAACUUUCAGAGAACAAUUCGAGUCUCUCCAAGUAGCUUGCCAUGUAAAGAAAUAUGCUCUGAUGAGUUGGAGAAAAGAAUUAUAGAAUCACAUUGAUUGCCACGAAGGUAUGCGUAUAAUAAACAGAUUGCAUACCAUAAAAUGUGUUAAUUCUCUUUACUAAUAUGGCACCACGCAACUUCCAAGAACCAAAGGACACUGAAUUCAUGCAUUUAUUGUGCCCCUUCCAUAUUCCCAAGUGCUUCUUAUCAUUCUUGUUUCUCGCCUUAAAACCAUGAUGUCUAGUGUUCAAUUGCCAAAUGAAAAGCUGAGAUAUAUUCACAGAGCUCUUUACAAAAUUAUGGAAAAGAACCACAAUAUAGCGUGUGCGCAACUCUGGUUUGUUAUCCUCAUUGCCUUCUCCUUGGUCUUCUUCAUUUCUCACGACACCAUUGAUUAUAACUCUGCUUUCACUGUCGAAAGGAACGGCAAGCUGGCCGUUUUCUUCACCAGCUUGUUCGACACAAAUCCUCCUCUACUCACCGAAUCUCCCAGUGAGACCAAUGGAAGUGAUAGGGAUGUCAGUGGAGACACUUGCUCUGGCCGUUAUAUCUAUGUUCAUGAUCUUCCAAGUCGUUUCAACGAUGAUGUGAUCGAGAACUGUAGUUAUUCGCUGGUGAAAUGGUUCGACAUGUGCCCAUCUCUGACAAACCUUGGACUUGGCACUCAAGUCAGGGACCCUGGUAAGGUUUUAGUGGAGAAGAGCUGGUAUGCAACCAAUCAGUUCACUCUUGCAGUCAUUUUCCGUCACAGGAUGAAGGGCUAUGAGUGUUUAACCAAUGAUUCAUCGUUAGCCUCGGCAAUUUUUGUGCCGUUUUAUGCUGGUUUCGAUAUUGGCAGGCACUUAUGGGGUUAUAAUACUACUGCAAGGGAUGCUCUGGGUGUUGAGCUGGUGAGCUGGCUCAAAAGCCAGCCUGAAUGGACGAAGAGAGGUUUAUGGGGAAGAGACCAUUUCUUAAUUUCAGGAAGAAUUGCUUGGGACCUUCGAAGAUCAGACGAUGAUGACUCACACUGGGGAGGCAAGCUGAUGCAGCUUCCCGAAUCAAUGAACAUGACAAUGCUUUCAAUCGAGACUACUUCGUGGAGCAAUGAGUUUGCAAUUCCAUACCCCACUUACUUCCAUCCUUCUGCAGCAAAACAAGUGCAGCAAUGGCAGAAAAGAAUGAAAAGACACAGAAGGCCAUACCUUUUCUCUUUCGUUGGGGCGCCACGAGCCAACAUGACAGAGUCCAUCCGCGGAGAGCUCAUAAAUCAGUGCUUGGGUUCAAGAAAGAAAUGCAAACUUCUUAAUUGUCACUCUGGCAGCCAAUGUGAUAGUCCGGUUGAGGUGAUGAGAGUUUUCCAGAACUCGGUAUUCUGUCUGCAGCCUGCAGGCGAUUCAUAUACUAGAAGGUCGACUUUCGAUUCUAUACUGGCAGGGUGUAUCCCUGUGUUCUUCCAUCCCUUUUCGGCUUAUGGGCAGUACAUAUGGCACCUACCAAGGAACUACUCAUCGUAUUCUGUUUACAUACCAGAAGAGAUGGUAAGAGAAGCGAGAGUCAGCAUCAGAAAGCGGCUGCUUCAAGUCCCAAAGGCAGAAAUAGCGUCCAUGAGACAGGAAGUAAUAAAUUUGAUCCCAAAGGUGAUUUAUAGGGAUCCGAGAUCGAAAUCGGAGGACUUCAAAGAUGCAUUCGAUAUAGCAGUGAAGGGAAUGUUGGAAAGAGUUGGCAAGGUUAGGAGACAGAUUGAGGAAGGGAAAGAUCCAGGGAUUGGAUUUGCAGAACCAGGUAGCUGGAAGUUGAAAAUGGAUGGUAUUGGGAGAGAUCAUGAGUGGGAUUCAUUCUUGUAAUAUUUUUGAAUUUUAAGAUAAGAGCUAUCCAUAUUAGGGGAAUAUAUUCAUUCAUUAUCC